AUGAAGCAUAAAUUACCGGUUAGCAAACUCGAUCUUUUGGAUCCCACGAAAGCGACGAAAGCGAGAGCGCUUGACUUGAAAACUCAAAUUGCUGAACAGUAUGGUGAAACGUAUGGGGGAUUGGGAAACUUCAAGGAUUGGCAUAUCCUGGAUAUAUUUGCCUUCUGCAAUGCAUUCAAGCCAGCAGAGCACUGGGAUACUACUAAGGCGAAUUUCCUCAAAACUUACCCUUGGAAAGAUUUUAAUUCGUCUGCCAAUGUGAAGCUCUUCCUAUAUCUCACAAUGCUCAAGGAAUUUUGGGGACUGAUAUCGAGUGUUGAUGAACGUUGGGGUCCUCAAAGCCUAAUACAGCCACUGUUCAUCUGGACGAGGCACUGUGACAAUGAGGAUCUGGAUGGCCGAGCCCAGCUUGUCAGAGACUGGGCACAGGUCUUUGGGGCCCAAAACCCGACCUACGCUACUAUCCAGCCCAAUGGUACCUUCGAGUACAAAUCUUUGAUGUGCGAGGGCAUGUACGAGAAUAAGAAGGGUAGAACCAAAAAAGGCCAAAAAGUUGACAAAGUAUCACCUCAGCAAUCAGGAGAAGUUUUGAGAAAAGAACCCUUGAAGAAGUGGCCAAAAGUGAGGGCGAAGGCUUGCAUGGAACCUGACAGAACGACCGACCAAAACAUGAAAACACAGUCUCGUAACCAAGUUUUGACUCGUGCCAUGACCAAGAAAGCUGCCGAAAAGAUGAACAUCGCUGGCGAAAAGAUGAAUAUUGAAGAGGAGACUUGGGGAGAGAUCGUCUCGCGUAAAGCUGAGUUCAUUGACAGUCCUUAUAAGGAUGACUCCGAUUAUGAGUUUGAGGAAGAUGAAGAUGAUGAAGACGAUGACGAUAAGAAGGAUUUCUGGGUCGCAAAACCGGAGGAAAGGGAAAUUUUGAAGAAGAGAGGAGGGGAAACGGGUUUGUUUGAUGGAAAACUUCUUAAAUUGACUAAGAAGAUGGAUUCGACCACUUUGGAGGGCAAUUCGGAUGACAAUUUGUAUGACAUUGACAUGGAGAGCGACUCGGAUCACGAUUCAAUCAGUGGAUUUGAACCGACUAGAGCUCGGAAAAAAUUCCAGGACUAA